CUCAUUCAUCGUUUCGCCGUCGUCGUUCCCGUAGUCUUUGCUGUGCCGUCUCUGUUGUUGCGUGUCGUGCGUGUCGUCAACGAGCGUACAUAAUAAAAAAUAUACACUUGUUGGUUGCGCGGUUAUUAUCACGCACACACAUCGGUCCGGUUCUGUUUUAUUUCGCGGUCCGACGUUUUUUGGUUUUUUCCCGUGAUUUCAAUUAACCUUUUUUUUAUCGUCUUCGGAGUAUAUAAUACAUAUUAUUUAGGUGUUGUUAUACUCGCGAAUUUCGUUGUUCGAAAUCCAUCGAUUUAUCYGACUGAAUGUACAUAAAGCCAUAUGUAGUAAAUAUGUUAAUCUAUGAUUGAGAACGAAUCGCCAAUACGAAUGUUGACAAUGAAAUCGCCAGAUCAAAUAUUAUCACACCGGCCGUAGUGCUACAAAACGAGACGGUCGCCAAUAAUUCGUUUUAUAACWAUACUAUUAUUGUUGCUUACUUGCUUCGAUUAUUCAUCUGCUGCUGCUGUCCAUUGCUGCCCUACAAAUAACAGUUGAUUUGGGAUUAUAGGURAACAAUUAUACCCGCCGGUGGUCACUAAAAACAGUGGCUAACUCCGGGUUAGUAUAGUAUGGACUCUGACGAAGACUUCAAACAUUAUUCGUCGUGCUAUUACGACGACGAUUCUGAUCGAGCUUUUUAUCCAGAGAACGCACAACAUCAACUUCAAUUAGGCACUAAAAGUUGGCUCGACUGCGAAAAAACGCCAAUAAUAGUGACUCAUCAGCAAUCUCAGUGCCCGCCUCAACAGAGAAUAUUUGACAAUAUUGUGACAUCGUCGAACAAAGUUUGUAAUAGUAAAAUCAUAGAACGAUGGACUACAAGUACUGAACUAUCUAGAGACUUAACGUGUGAUGUAGACGCCAAUUCUCUACGUUCAGACAUGUCUUCUGGUGGUGAAGAUUUUCAAUGUAGCCCAAAUAAUAUGAUGCCAUCAUCUGUGUCUUCAACAAUUAUGUUGAACAGCAAUAGCAGUACGAACGAUAUGAACGGAGUUUCGACUGGUGAAAAUAGUUGUGGAGGACUUGUAGUUAUUAAACAAGAACCCAACACACUGCAAGAUUAUAAAAGCAUCUCGACCAACUACAGUAAUAAUACAACAGAAGGAUGUAAUAUGCUUCAAAAAGUACCUUCAUUAAGUGAUCUUUCCGAUCCAGAAAAUUCUUUAGUCCCUUUGUCUACUCUUCGAGAAAUUUUAGGAUGGUUAUAA